AUGGUAAAUCAAGCACGCAGGAGGUGGCAGAGCAGCUGUGCUACCCUGGGAAGUAGCCACCCGAUUACCACAUCUCUCCACAACAACAUGCGUCUAAAGCGGCGAGAAUGGACCAGAACUAUUGAGAAAGUCAAAGCCGCCCACUGGAAGGAGUUCUUGGACAAGGCCCAGGAAGGUGACCUCUGGAGAGCAGCAACAUACAUGCGCCCUCGAGACCCCCAUACAAGCAUCCCUGCACUAAGGGUGGGAUCUCGGGAGGUCACUAAGAACGAAGCCAAGGCCAAGGCAUUCUUGGAAGCCUUCUUCCCGAAAAUGGCAGACCCAGAGGAAGAUGACACUACACCACCCCCAGAGGAAAUACCGUGGCAUCCAAUUACUGAACUAGAGAUACACGGAUCACUCAAGAGCGCCAAGGGAACCACAGCCCCGGGGGAGGAUGGGAUCAUAACUCUUGUUUGGAAGCACCUAUGGCCAUACCUCCGGACAAUAAUCACCACCAUCUUCGCAAAAUCAGUGGAAUUAAGCCACUAUCCCGACCAGUGGAAACGAGCACGCAUUAUAGUCCUCAGAAAACCCGGGAAGCCAGACUACGCAGUACCAGGAGCGUACCGACCCAUAUCGCUGCUAAACACCCUAGGGAAGAUUCUCGAGGCGGUCAUGGCCAGGAGACUGUCAUUCUGGGCUGAGACCUGGAAACUGCUCCCAAACACGCAAUUUGGGGGCCGGCCGGGACGUAACACGGAACAGGCACUUUUAACACUGUCAAAUGAGAUUGACCGAGCAUGGUUGCGGUCAAAAGUGGUCACUCUGGUCGCGUUUGAUCUUAAAGGAGCGUUCAAUGGAGCCAACAAACUAAGCCUUGAUGCCCGCCUGCAGGCCAAGGGCAUCCCAAUCAUAGCCAGACGCUGGAUCCGCAGCUUUAUGGAGAACCGCCACGCCAGUAUCUGCUUUGAUGACUUUCAGACGGAGAUCUCUCUACUAGAGAACGCUGGCCUUGCACAGGGGUCUCCGCUCUCUCCAAUCCUGUUUGGGUUUUUCAACUCAGACCUGGUGGACCAGCCAGUAGACCACCAAGGGGGCGCAUCUGCUUUUAUCGAUGACUAUUUUCGAUGGCGAACGAGCCGCUCCGCAGAAGACAAUAUCAGGAAGAUUCAGGAAGAAGAUAUCCCCCGAAUAGAAGCAUGGGCCCGGAAGACCGGAUCUUCGUUUGCGGCAGAGAAAACGGAACUCAUACAUUUGACAAGAUCUAAAAAGCAACAUGGGGUAGGACAGAUUACUAUAAAUGGGAAAACAAUCAAACCGGCCGACACAGCAAAGCUCCUAGGCGUGAUCUUUGAUAAGGAGCUACGAUGGAAAGAGCAUGUACAACAAGCAGUUAAGCGAGCGACGCAGGUCAACGUUGCACUUGGGGGACUAAGACACCUCCGACCCGAGCAGAUGAGACAACCCUAUCAAGCAUGUGUGGUACCAAUCGUGGAUUACACAUCCACUGUAUGGCACAACCAACUGAAAGACAAGACACACUUGAGGACCCUAGGAACCGUGCAGCGAACCGCCUUAAUUCGCGUCCUCUCUGCCUUUAAGACCGUGUCAACCGCAGCCCUAGAGAUAGAAUCUUUCACGCUACCAACCCACCUACGAAUGAAGCAACGCGCACAGAUUGUGGCUGCCCGCCUUUGCACUCUCCCAAAGGAUCACCCAUGCCACGCGGUAGUGGGCCGAGCAAUAAUACGCAGCACACACAUGAAACGCGGUCAUCGGUUCCCGUUGGCAGAGACCCUGCGGACAAUGGACCCCGCUCGGCUACAAGCCUUGGAAACAAUCGACCCAACACCCCAACCGCCAUGGCAAGCGCCAGCCUUCACAGAAAUCGACAUCGAACCAGACCGGGACAAAGCCAAAGAGAAAGCAUCUGCCAGACAGAAAGCAGCCGGUAUCACAGUCUUCUCUGAUGCAUCAGGCCAACGUAACUGCCUAGGAGCUGCUGCGGUAGCUCUAGAUCAGAGCCAAAACAUAAACCAACACCGGAAAGUCUGCAUUGGCUCAAUGGAGCACUGGUCUGUAUAUGCAGCGGAGCUCAUGGCGAUAUACUAUGCCAUUAGCCUCGUACUAAAGAUAAGGAUGGAAGACCAAGACAGCCCAGCGAAUAAGCAGGAACCGGCAACUAUCCUAAGCGACAGUAUGUCUGCAUUACAAGCACCCAACCAUACCUUCAAAAGCGCGUCGAAAGACGGCCAAACAGCGAAGAAGUGA